AUGUCUGGCACAAUCUCCGUCCAAGUCGAUAGCGUCUUCUCGCAAACUAUGUCACCCGUUAUGCGUAUCUCCUUCGAUAACCGCAACGCAAUCCUGAAGGUCUACGAUCGCCGCGUCGGCUCCCAGUUCCGAAGAAUCCACGACGUUAUCCCCUACAAUGAGCAAGGCAGAACCGCUUUCCACGACUUUAUCCGGUCUGGGGCCGUCGGCCCUUUUCUCAAGGAGCUUGACGAUGAGGAGGCGGACCCCGAUCUCUAUUUCGAUCGCCGCGACGCAAGAGAUGUUCGAGAAGAGGAAAACGGAAUCGCCAAAUUUGAGGCCGCACUUUGGAGGAACGCUAACAGGAACUUCAAGACUGAGGUCGAGGCUUACGAGCGGUUGCAAGACGUCCAGGGUAUUUUUGCCCCGCGCCUAUAUGCUGUUGUUCGCCUUCAUCUCCCUCUAGAUGACAACGCUGCAAUGGCCGAUUACCUCGGUGUCUACGGCAUCAUCCUGCAGUCCAUCUCAGGCCCGACGCUGGAGGAUCUCCUCGAGACACCAUGUGCGCCAUCAACACAAGAGCAUCUUACGUCAAUCGUGCAGUACAGAGUCGACGCGACGAACGAGAUCAAUAAACGAGGCAUGGUACUCGAGGACAGAGCGCCUCGUAACGUUGUUCUCGAAAAGUCCCUCCAAUGGUGGCCAUUCAUUAUCGAUCUUGCGCAGUGUCUCUUCAAAGACACCGUAUUCGAAUGCCAAGCUGCUCAAGCCAGAGUAGAAGGCGACGAGAGUCAGGAUCUUGACGAGGAGUUCAAUGAAUUGGCGAGGAUGAUGGACAAUGCUGGUAAUGUUGGACGGCCGUUACAACGACAGAUUCGCAAGGGGUUCGGGUUCGAUCUGAACAUCAUGUAUCCUGACGUGGAUGAGCUGCUUCGGACAGGGGCUCCGAUGAAGUACAAGUGUUAUGGGUACGAUACCUUUUUCGAGCCUCCUUGCGAUGCCAGGCUGGAAGAUUGGAAGUCAGUUGUGUCAAGCUGGUGA